AUGGCGGCUUACGAGCACGGGGCGGACCACGUUACGGUUGUGAGAAGUGACGACAGCUCGGGCUGCUUCCAUCAUCCUAGCGAUUCCAGUAGUCGUUACUGUUACAGUCGCGCAGCCCGUCGCAUCGGCCGUCGCAGAGCCAAUCGCAGCUUCGGACAUCUCGGCUGUCACAGCAAAAAUCUCGAGUCGCAGGCCAUGGACCGCAAGUUCGAGUUCCGGAUAAAGGCGCUCGCGGUGGUGGCGACGGCAGCGGCGGGAGUGCUGACGCUGUACGCCGAUUACGGCGACCUUGGCGGCAAGAAGACUGUCCUAGAUGAUGUGAGGGGAGCAUCAGAGCGGGUGAAGCGGUGGUUUUUGAGACCAAGCCAGGAGGAGGAGGAGGAGAUUCGGAGGAGACUGGGGAGGGAGGAGAGGAAGUAG